AUGAAGAAAUCGGGUAGAAAGAAAACCAGCCAAACGGUGUCUUCUUCAACCUCAAAUGUCUUCUCCAAAUUAUGGAUUUCAAGGUUCAAGAACACAAAAGGAUGUGAAGGACGACCCCAACCAGAACCUGAAUCUUCAGACUGCAAAACGAAAGCAAACCACAUUCCAUUACCAAAGCAAUGUUCAAAUAGUGAUGGUUUUUACUGGAGGCUUUCAUUUGGGAAAGAAAAUGAUGAAGGUGACGAGAGUUUGUGUAGUUCAGAUAACAAACUCAAUGUUCCUCCGGUAGGUUAUGGAAGCUCCGGCAACGUGAUCUUUGACCAAACAAAAAUAAGAGAUUUGAUCAGUGGCGAUGCAGAUGAAGAUUUUCGCAAGUCUCUAGAAGAUUGCGCUUUCGAAGAUCCAAACUUGGAGGAAGAAUGGCAGAAGGUGAAAAACAUGAAAGUCGAUGAGAUCAAGUCGAACGAUCAGAACCAUCGGAAAUCUUUUCAUAUAAGCAGAAAGCAUGGUGGUAACGUCAAAUGUCAUUCUCCAAGAACAAUUGCUAAGGAUUCAUGCAAGAUCAAAGCUCUUGAAGACGUGAAGAAACCAUUGAUGAAGACAAAGGAGAGAGUGACUGAAGAUGCAUUCAGGACCAGUCUUGAUAGUUUUGCCAUUGUGAAAACUUCAUUUCAUCCAGAGCAGGAUUUCAGAGACUCGAUGAUAGAAAUGAUAAUGGAGAAGCGAAUUAGGAAAACAGAAGAGCUUGAGGAACUUUUGGCUUGUUAUUUGACAUUAAAUUGUGAUGGAUAUCAUGAUCUAAUUGUUAAGGUGUUUCGACAGGUAUGGUUCGAAGUGAACCAUCUUCACUUUAAUCAAACUCUAGACUUUUGA